CUCAGUUUCACUUGCGCCGGACUGUUCGAGGAUCAACAUGAGGAUCCUUUUUGUCACUUUUUUCCAGUUGCUGGUGAUCCAAGGUUUUGCCUGGUCCAUGCAUACCUGGGCUGAUAUGGGAAGGAUUAGACAGAAACGUGCUUGGAUCAUUGAUUCUUUUUCUAUCGAAGAAGAAAAUCCUGGACCGUUUCCUUAUACACUCGGAAGGAUUGAACUUGAAAGGAACUAUUGGGAACUUGUUAAUUUCGAACUCUUUGAUUUGGGUUCGCUGGAAAAUAUCCUCAUCAUUGAUAACAAUACAGGUGCAAUUUCUGUAAGUGAAAAAGUGGAUUACGAAGCUAUUGGAAACCAUAAUUACAACCUCCAUUUUAAAGCGAUGAAAAAAGGCCAGAAAGAAGUUUUCGCUAGUCUCGGUGUUGAGAUCAAGAUAUUGGACAUAAAUGACAACCCUCCUAUAUUUGAUAAGUCAAAAUAUGAAAUUUCUGUGGAAGAGUCACAUGCCCAAGGUGAAAAGGUUCUGGUGGUGUUGGCAUCUGAUAAAGACGAUUCAAAAACACCAAAUGGAACUUUCUCCUUCACAAUCAAGUCUGUCACACCAAAAACAGACAAUGUUGAGUUUUAUAUCCAACAAAACAAUCAAAUUGGGACAAUUUACUUUAAAGGGUGCUUGGACUACGAGAAAGCUCAAAAAUAUACAAUUCUGGUUGAAGCAAAGGAUCAUGGAGAAAAGAAAAAGCUCUCAAGCACAAGUACAGUAACAGUCAAUAUUUCUGACAAUAACAACCACAUUCCAGAGUUCUCCGGCCAUACAGGCAGUGGGAAAGUAAAGGAACGAGUCACUGGAACUGAAGUUUUGAGACUUCAAGUAAAAGACAAAGACAGCCGUGGCUCAAAACCCUGGAAAGCUAAAUACACAAUCCAUGGAGACAGGAAGCAUAUAUUUAAAAUAGAAACAGACCCAACUACAAAUGAAGGGAUUUUAACUGUUGUUAAGCCAAUGGACUAUGAGGAGCAAACUUAUCACAAUUUGUCCAUCAGCGUGCAGAAUGAGGCUCCUUACUUUUCAUGUACAAUUAAAAAGCGACCACAAGACUCUAUGUGGGAACUCAUCAGAUUUUUUGAAACUGCUGAAACAAGUGAUACAAACCUCUAUAAGUCCAUCCCAGUGACCAUUUAUGUUGAAGAUGUCAAUGAACCUCCAGUAUUUAUUCCAAAUGUUAUGGAUGUGUUGGCAAUGGAGAACACAGAUGCUGGAACUUAUUUAACAACAGUUACUGCUGUAGAUUUAGAUGAAGUCCAUGGAAACACAAUAAAAUAUAUUAAAGGGGGCGAUGUUGCUGGUUGGAUAACUGUUGAUAAACAUACUGGAAACGUAUCCACAGUCAAAAUUCUGGACAGAGAAUCACAAUCUGUGACAAACAGUGUAUAUGAAGCAAUCUUGUAUGCAGUGGAUAAUGGUUCACCACCACUGACCGGCACAGGCACUGUGCGUAUUUACCUACAAGACCAAAAUGAUAAUGUGCCAAUGUUGACUUUGCGUCAUGUGCACAUGUGCUUGGACAAAGAGCCCACAACAGUCAACAUCUCAGCUGUAGAUCUGGACCUUCCUCCAUAUAGUUCACCUUUCUACUACGAGUUGUUGGGUGAUGUUGUGGGGAAAUGGAGGAUUGAUCCAACUCAUGGUACAACUGUGAAUCUUUAUAAAGAAAGCAAUAUAUAUUCAGGUCAUCAUUCUCUCCAGAUGAGAAUUUCAGACCAGCAGGGACUUUUUGCCAUCCAUAAUCUGUCAGUCACUGUGUGCAACUGUUCUAGACAUUCCAAAUGCCAAAGUACGGUGCCAAGCUUUCGGAUGGGCAUUUGGGGCACAUGCGUCGUUCUCCUUGCAGUUCUUUUACUUACAGCAAUGCUCCUAAUGGCCCUGCUAUGCAGCACUGGGAAAUUAACUAUUCAUAUAAAUGACGACGGCUCUAGUUAUUUGAUGACAUCCAAUACUGAACACAAAGGAACAGACUGUGAGAGAUUUCCAGGAAAACAGGCUGAUGCACGGGUUCAGAAUUCAGUUUACUCUGACCAGCUGUCUCGGAAAUCAGUAUUUAGAAAUUCCUCAACGCGUUCAUUCAGGGAGAUAAAAAAAACUCAGGGAUCAAAAUGUAUAUCUUCAUCUUCUUACAACAGUUUAUCCAUCAAGAGGCAAAGCCUUUUCACUCUCAUAAACCAGCGACUGCUUGAUCUUCAAAACAGUGAUCAGGCACAUGAUGCUUAUAAACCGCACUGUUACGCACAUGAAGGAGAAUUUAUUGCCAAAGCUGAUCUGGAUGCAAUCUCCAUCGCCGAGAUGGACUUUCUUCCAGAAAUGCUUAAUAAUCUGGACUACAAAUUCAGAGAUCUAGCCUCAAUUUGCAGACCUGACUUGAUCACAAAAAAGGAUAAUUUAUAUCAGAAAGUAUAACAAGUGUUCUGAGUAUGAGACAGAACUGGUAUCAAAAUAAAAAGAGUAACAUAUAGUGAAUGAUUAGGGUUGGUGGGAAAAUUAUAUUUUACUGUGGUGACAGAUUAUAAAUGGAUUUUAUAGGAUUGUCUGUUUGUGUAUUGAUUUAAAUUUUCAACAGCAUUACUUACUAAUCCAUAACCAAUUUCUAAUGAUUAGGAUAUCAUGCAUCGAUAAUGUUACAUGAAAUCGAAAAAAAAAACAAAUUGAGAUUUGUGAAACCUGUGUGCUGCCAUUUUGUGAUGAUCUAGUGAUGUGUUUUGUUUACAUCCAAACGUGAUUUAACAGGAUCAAUAUAUUAAUGG